UCGAAGCGUACGUGAAUGUGAAUGCUCUAAAAAAUAGCCAUUUUUCGAUUGUGUAUUUAUUUCUUUGUAAGUGAAAUUAAAAGCAGUUAUUUCGAGGAGGAAACAUCGCAGAUAUUUUGAGAUAUGCGGUUAACAUUGUUGGUCUCUAUGGCGGCGAAGGCUGCUUUUCCAUGCAACUACCGGUAUGGAAUGAAUCGUCCUUGGACAGUAGCAGCCCAAAGACUCAAUCCUCCUGGUAAGAUGAGAAGGAAGGUUUCCGUCGAGCCCGUCCCAGAGAAAGACUGGUCUGUGUUCCGAGGAGAUAUGAUGGAAGUUUUGUCUGGGAAGGACAAAGGAAAACAGGGCAGAGUUGUUCAAGUGUUCAGGCGGCGAAACUGGGUCAUACUUGAAGGCCUUAACACACAUUACAGAUACAUUGGCAGGUCUGGAGAUUAUAGGGGGACAUACAUAGCCAGUGAAGCCCCCCUGCUGCUCAGAAAUGUGUCCCUCAUCGAUCCAUCAGACAGGAAGCCCACAGAGGUAACAUGGAAAUACACAGAGGAGGGGGAAAAAGUCCGCGUUUCUGUCCGAACAGGGCGCAUCAUUCCUAAACCAGUCUUCCAGAGGAAGGAUGGCAUCAUUCCACAACAGUGGAAAGAUGGGCCUAAAGAUACAACUCCAGAAGACUGCCUCGAAAAGACAUACACACUGUCGCUGAAGACCUUGGAGGAAGAGAUCAUGGAGAAGAUGAACAUUGAGGAACCUAGGCGAGCGCGUAAAUCCUACUGGUACUGAGCAGUGUCCAUGCAGCUGUGGCUGGAGUGACAUCAGUGUUGCAAGAAUAUCCGUUAGUACCACUGUGUAUCGAACAUUUAUGGUGAAAUACAUAUGUCUAGUCCAAAAUGAAAAGGUGAAUAGAUAAAGUGGAAAAUUGUUCUCCACACUCUUUCAUAAAUGGUUUGCAGCUGAAAUCUUUGUCAUGUGUUACAAUGGAAGCAUUCAUGCUGAGACCUCAUAUAAAACUCCAUAAUCGAGUUUUCAGUCUAGCUUUAGCACAGGGCUUGUAGACUUUGUACAUUAUUAGUAAUUUUUUUUAAGGAGCAGUUGAUAAAGUCUCCUUGCCCUUCUUCAGAGGUUGUGUGGCACUUUUAAAACGCACAUUUGAAGUUGUGAUGGUUCUUCUGUUUUUCCUAGUGCAAUCACACUUUCACAUAAACAUCAAAGAAACAAGGCAUAUUUGAAUUGAUUGUGUUCAUGUGCUCACUGUUAUUUCCACUGACAGUUUUUUUUUUAGAAUAUAUCAUUACUGCCUGAACCUAAACUCUGAAUAAAUGUGAUAAGAG